CUCUAAUCCUCACCCAUUUCCCCCGUCUCCGAUUCCAACCCAUCGCAAGACAUCCAUUCCUCCUUUCAAACACAAGAAAAGAAAAGAAACCCACAGAUGAGCAUGCUCUUUCGACUACGAAACCAGACUCUCCGGUGGUGGCAUGACGUUCCUCUACCGGCCGGCGAAGCAGACGCGACUCCAAUCUUCCAACCAUGGUAUAGCUUCGACUCAUCCACCAACAACUGGGUUUCUAUUGAUUCCACCUCCAGAAAUCCCAGCCCAUCCCACAACUCAAACACCAGCGAGAACUUCAUCAUAGUCACAUGGAACGUCGACGCCAGCUCCCCCGCCCCCGAGGCCCGCAUAUCAGCCCUCAUCUCACACAUCCAGAGCCUAGCUCCUCCCCCCGACAUCAUCUUCCUGCAAGAAGUCUCCCGCCCUGCUCUGUCCUGUUUGCUCGAAACGCCCUGGCUCCGCGAACACUGGUUCUCAAGCGAAUCUGACACAACCAGCUGGGGAACCCAGUCCUUCGCAAAUAUGACCCUCGUUUCACGCUCGCGGUUCACGGAUCCCGCCAUCGCGACCCUCAGCCCCCUCUGGCGAAUCAAGUACCCCAGUCGUUUUGACCGCGACGCUCUAUGCUUCGAUCUCGUCUUCCCUAGCGCGGCCGGAACUGCCCCGCGCGUCCGUCUAGUCAACGUCCAUCUGGACUCUCUUCCCAUCAAUCCGUCGCUGCGUCCGCGCCAGCUCGCAAUCGUCGCUUCGUACCUCCGUGCGGCGGGAAGGGGCCUGGUCGCGGGGGACUUUAAUCCCGUGCUUCCGGACGACGAGGCGCUUGUGCAUGCGAGUGGGCUCUUGGAUGUGUGGAGGGAGCUGCGGCCUCGUGAGAAUGGGUUUACCUGGGGAGUUGAUGGGGAUCAGCCGUUUCCGGCUAAUAGGCUUGAUAAGGUGGCGGUGGUUGGACUGACGCCAUGCGAUAUCAAGAUACUAGCUCCGGGUGGCAUUGAGCAGGCUGACACGUUGGAAUUGGAACGGGAGGGAGAGAAUGAUAUGCACGAUCGUAGCUCGAUACUCAAGUGGAGCGAUCAUUCUGGGCUCGUGUGCUCCUUGGCAGUAUAGAGUCGUGGUCUUGCGUGGGAGGUCUGGACCAUACUUCGGUAGAAUGCAUUUACAGGGCGAGAAUCUUUUUUUUUUUUUUUUAAAUCAUCUGCAG